GAUCUACUGGGGUUAUGAAUAGCCGAGUAUAAUGAUUUCUUAGCGAACGUUAAAAAACAGAGAGAGAGAGAGAGAGAGAGAGAUUCUCAACGCGAGGGAGGCUCCUACUCGCCCAGGAGCGGCGGGGAGAGACGGGACGUGGAAAGUUCCCGGAGCUUUCCAGGUGUCUCUCGGGGUCGUCGUCCCCCACCACCACCCCAGCUCGUCUGUAGCCUGCCCGGGGAAACAGGACUGCAUCCGAAGAAGACAGGAGAGGAAUGGCCUACUCCCUUUGAACGGCGUACUUGCAAAGGCCACAAUCAUGGGACCAUCUGCCUGGAGCACUGUCAGCACCAACCAGCUUUCUUAAGAGGAAUUUUUCAUUUUCUCACGCAUUGACUUUCCAAUUUUCAGUCAUGGCUGUAAACAAGGAGAGAGGCUGCUCAGGCGGGGCUCCUCUGGCUCAUGUAAAUGGCUUCCCCCCUGCUGUAUACCCCUUCCCUUUCCCUAACCCACAUUUCGAGGUGCUGACCAACGGAGGUUACUUCCGGAGCUACCCUACCGACCUGCCGAAGGAAAUGGCAUCACUCUCAGUGGAAACCCAGAGUACAAGUUCUGAGGAGAUGGUGCCCAGCUCCCCUUCUCCACCCCCGCCCCCACGGGUCUACAAGCCUUGUUUUGUCUGCAAUGACAAGUCCUCUGGCUACCAUUACGGGGUCAGCUCCUGCGAGGGCUGCAAGGGCUUCUUUCGCCGAAGUAUUCAGAAAAACAUGGUCUACACCUGCCACCGAGACAAGAACUGUCAGAUUAACAAGGUUACUCGCAAUCGCUGCCAGUAUUGUCGCCUACAGAAGUGCUUUGAGGUUGGCAUGUCCAAAGAAGCUGUGAGGAAUGACCGCAAUAAGAAGAAAAAAGAUGUGAAAGAGGAAGUGGUGGUAGAUAGCUAUGAAAUGACACCUGAACUGGAAGAGCUCAUCCAGAAGGUCAGCAAAGCUCAUCAGGAAACCUUCCCAUCUCUUUGCCAGUUGGGCAAAUAUACCACGAACUCCAGUGCUGAUCACCGAAUACAGCUGGACCUGGGUCUAUGGGACAAAUUCAGCGAACUGGCCACCAAAUGCAUCAUCAAGAUAGUAGAGUUUGCCAAACGCCUUCCCGGCUUUACCACCCUCAGCAUUGCUGACCAAAUUACUUUGCUGAAGGCAGCGUGCUUGGACAUCCUGAUGCUCCGUAUUUGUAUCCGCUACACUCCAGAACAAGACACGAUGACCUUUUCAGAUGGGCUGACCUUGAACCGUACCCAGAUGCAUAAUGCAGGCUUUGGGCCCCUCACCGACUUGGUUUUUGCCUUUGCCGGGCAAUUGCUUCCCCUCGAAAUGGAUGACACCGAGACAGGCCUGCUCAGUGCGAUCUGCCUCAUCUGUGGAGAUCGAAUGGACCUGGAAGAGCCGGAAAAAGUAGAUAAGUUGCAGGAGCCAUUGUUGGAAGCACUGAAGAUUUAUGCGCGCCGACGUCGGCCCAACAAGCCUUACAUGUUUCCUCGCAUGCUAAUGAAAAUUACUGACCUGCGGGGGAUCAGUACCAAAGGUGCUGAACGGGCCAUCACCUUGAAGAUGGAGAUCCCUGGUCCCAUGCCACCACUCAUCCGAGAGAUGCUGGAAAACCCUGAAAUGUUUGAAGACGAGCUGUCAUCACAACCUCCGACUUCGGCGGAAGCCCCGAGCACUGAGGAGAGCCCAGUUGACACCAAAAGCCAAGAGGAGACCCCUUAGCAUCUCAAGAAAGCCAGGAUCUAGGCUGAGAAAGGCUGGGAGAAGAUGGUUUUCUGUCUCUCAUCUCUGCCUUCCCGUGGCCCAUUUCCUCCUGGACACAGUUUUAGGCUUGCCUUUCCUGCUCUUGGCUCAUCUGCCGGAGUCAGGCAUCAGGACAGCAGUCAAGAUGAGCACGGAGGCAGCCGCAGCCUGUUCUUCUCUCCUCCUCUGUGUUUGGUGACGUGGGCUGGAUGCCUCUUGCCUUAAUCUUUUUCUUUGGGGCCUUGGAUGUCUAUUCAGAAGCCUUUUCUCCCAACCCCAGAGCUUUGCCAAAGCCUCCAGGUUGACUGUCCAGCUGACUCAAGCAGCUUCAAGCCAAACGUUCAGAACCUGGGAAGUCCCAAAGGGGCUACAACUCGGAGGUCCCCCUUUUCAAAACGGGGUGAGCUCCACAUGUGCAAUUACCCUCCCCAUAAACUCUUGAGCCUCUGAGACAAAGGGGCACCUCAAGAGCCGACAGAAACUCUGUAAUGAGUGGUUUCUUGGUUCCUCCUUCCACCCGGUCUAAAAUCUACUUCGUCCUUCUGCCUUGCAAGCCAGGAACCCUGGCACCUGGGAUGCUAUUUAUUCAAGAAUCUGAAGACCAACGGAGGACCACAACAGCCCUUCCUCUCCCCGCUGCACACAAGAGACCUUGGACCAAUAAUGUUGGGGAAUGGAGAAGACAAAGGCAGGACUUCUACGGAUGCAUCCCUAUUCGUGUCGCCUUUAGGGUGCGCUGGUAUUAAAAAUCCGUCUCUGACGGAUUCCGGCAAGCUAGGCGAAUUCUUGGGGGUGGGGGAGGGGCUCCUUUUGGUUAGCUUUAUAAAAACGCUAUUGUGUUAUUAUCGCAGGGCAGAGUGCCAAUCCCAUAGUGGGAUUUCGGGAGGGGCGGUGGUCCUUCCCACUGUCUCCCCAUCCCAAGGCAGAGGUAUAGCAGGGUCGGGGGUGGGUGGGUUGGGGAGUUGUAUCUGUUGCUUGGGAUGCUUAUGACCCCGGUGCUAAGGAUUUUGGGAAACGGACCCCAAAGGACACUAGAUUAGCCAAAGAUAUCGCGCUGAUAAGGGGGUGCAGAGUUACAGACUUGAACCUGUUUGCUGUCUCUUGCCCCCCCCCCUUCUGCCCAUGUCAAGGAGAAGUCAGUCGGGUCUCUAGGAUGAUAAAAGCAAGCCAGGUGGGUGGUCAGUUGCGGCUUGCCUUAACUUCUCUUUCUGCAGCACUUUGAUGGAGCGAGAAGGACCACUUCUGCUCCAGGAAGCUUGAUUUCCCUCCCCCAGGCCGGGAGGAGGAGCCAUUUUUGCUCGUCUCUCACAACACCAGAGAGGAGUCCAGCCAAAGCUCUCUUCCUUACCGCUAGAGGGCAGAAGCCUCCUCGGCAAAGCCUAUCUUGCCGCCUUCAGCAAUAGGAAUUUGUAAAAACCCAAACACUACAAAGCUUGGGCAGGCAGGGAGGAGUUAUUAUAUCAAGUUAUUGCCCUCUGCUUAGUGCUUCACCAUUGCCAGCUUCUCUUCUGUCUCGGCCUCCCUUUCUUCUCUUCCUCUGGGAAGCGAUCAUGGCGGGAGAAGAGGAGAGAGGGGGGAGCUUUGCCUCUGGAAGAGGCUGCAGGGCAGAUUAAAGUCAGCCACCUUCUUUUGCUCCCUCAUGCAGCUGAAGAUGCUGCUUUUUUCUCCUCGCCCGGCCAUGAAGAGGGCAAACACCCUCGGGCAGGUUUUUAUUUAUUGACUUAUGUUUACACCAGGGAAUGGGUAGUAAAGGGAGUUGGAGCUCGGCCCUUCCCCCUGCAAGAGCAAGUGUUGACAGAUUGCAGCGCACCAAGGAACAAGAGCCUCCCACCGAACGGUCUUGGGUUUCCCCCCCCCUUCAAAUAAGCUGUCAAAAUAAAUACCCCGGGGCCUUAAAAUGGGGGUCUGUUUGUGGUGGGGUGGGAUAGAAAAGUUAAAAAAAAAAAAAGGGUGAGGCCCUUCUUGGAUGUUUACAUAACCAGCUUUCCAUGGUAUUUUACAGGACUCUCCCGCUGCCCCUGCGCUCCCAGCUGUGCCGCAGAAGGGGGUUGUGGGGGGGGGAACUUUUCUAUUUUUACAAAAUAAAGUGAUGGAAAGUCAAAA